CACUGAGUUGAGCACCCCUGCUGGCUGCUUGCCCUGCUCCUCUCUUCUGCCCAUGUCUUCUCCCUCCCCCAUUCCACUGACGACAGUAGCAACCAACGGUGUCUCCUCUGUCCUCUCUCCUAAGUUACUUGCAGCCCUAUCCUGUCUAUCCUCAUCUUCCUCCUCUCCCUGCCAUCUUUUGCAAGAUCUCUCCUUCGUCUUCUCUUUCCCCUUUUAAAUCCACCGGAAUCCCUCUUUUGUCACGAGCCAAGCCGCCGAGCGCAGCAUAAAGCGAGCGAAGCACCAGCAAAAGAGAGCGACGCCGCCUGCGCCAAAGCUUCGGAUUCCCGUCUAUUUUACCCCCCACCCUCGCCGACUCACCGGCGCGAGAUCCAUCCGCAGGUGUCGGCGGCCUGCAGCCCCCCUUGAAAGAUGGCGCCUUUCUGAGGCUCCCCGGGGGUUUCUCGUCGUUUCUUGCUUGGCCCCUAAAGCGGGAGAGCGGCUUCCAGGGAGCUCCUCCCGUUCCCGGCCAAUUCAGCUGAAGUGGCGGCAAGUGGGUUUAGGGCUCGAUCCGGUUUUGUGCCCGGGCGUGUCUGACUCUGACCCGGGCUAGGGAGCGGUGGUUCUUGGCUAGUUCUUGAGCUGGUUGCGGCGCUUAUCCCUCUUCUUGGAGCUCUUGGAUUGGUUUGGGGGAAAGCAGGUUCUUGCAAGCAGCUGCUUCGGUUCUCGAGGAUGUUAAUUUUUUGAAUUCAGUCGGGGGGAAUGGGGCUCUCGCGGUCUCUGGAUUGAGCAUUUCUUUAUUGGAAUUCGACAUUUCGUGCGGCCUCCAGUCCAUGGAGGAUUUGGGGCUGUGGAAGCAGGCGUGGAUGUGGGUGUUGUCCCAGAAGCACAUCCUAGCGUGGGCGCACACGGCUGCGUGCGGCAGCAGGGAGCGCCUCGCCUUCCUGGUCGAUCGGCACUGGCCCGCCGUGUCCCGGGCCUGCGCCACCUCCUCGCGACUCGCGCUCGCCGCGCUGCGGCAAUGGCGCGGGUGCACGGCGCGCGGGGUGCUGGCGGUGGCGAGCCUCGGCCCUGCCGCCGUCUUCGUCAUCCUCUGGAGCUUCUUCGUGUGCAUGACCUCGCCGGCGUGCGCCCUCUACGCGCUUCUUAGCCUGGGGGCUGCAGCAGCAGUUGUUCACUAUAUGGGCUAUACACCUGGCCUUUUCAUUGUUGGGCUGUUUGGAAUAUUAAUUAUGUGGAUGUAUGGCUACUUUUGGAUUACAGGAAUGCUUCUAGUUGCUGGAGGUUGUAUGUGCUCUUUGAAACAUGCUCGAUAUGUGAUACCUGUUUUGACUUCAUAUGGUGUUUAUUCUGUGGCUGUUCGUGUUGGGUGGCUUGGAGUCUUCUUGACACUAAACCUUUCUUUCUUGACAAAUGAUCUUCUUAAUAAGUUAGUGCAAGGAUACGAAGGAAGCACUGAAGAAAGCCAGUUUGAAGACAUGAAGGAUUCUGAUCCAGUUAUGGAUGAGUUCUAUCGUAGUUGUGAAUUCCCAUCAGUUCCUGACAGUGAACCUGAGACCGUGUCUUGCGCGAAGCCAUACUGCUCAGCACCCAUCCAAGAUGUAUUACAUGUACAAAAAGAGGAACCUCCUAGUAAAGUAGUGAAAUCUGAUUCUACUUCAUUGGAUGAGAUUAAGAGGAUAAUGGAUGGUUCAAACCAUUAUGAAGUUUUGGGUGUACCUCGUAAUAGAAGCAUUGAUCAGAAGACACUGAAAAAAGAAUAUCACAGAAUGGUCCUGCUUGUACAUCCUGAUAAAAAUAUGGGAAAUCAAUUGGCUUGUGAAUCAUUCAAGAAGCUUCAAACAGCUUAUGAGGUCCUCUCUGAUUUCACAAAGAAAAACAGCUAUGAUGAGCAACUGAGGAAAGAAGAAUCACAGAAAAUGACCCCAAGAUCAUGUGUUGUCUCUCAACAGAGUGGUGGUGUGGAGUUUCUCUCAGAAGAGUCCAGGCGAAUACAGUGCACUAAGUGUGGUAAUUUCCAUAUAUGGAUAUGCACCAAGAGAAGCAAAACAAGGGCACGAUUCUGUCAGGGCUGUGAUCAGUUUCAUCAAGCCAAGGAUGGAGAUGGAUGGGUUGAAACCAGAUUUUCGACCUCCAUCAAGAUGGAAAUACCACGGGCUUUUGUCUGUGCUGAGAGCAAAAUAUUUGAUGUGUCUGAGUGGGCUACUUGCCAGGGAAUGGAGUGCAAGCCUAACACUCACGGUCCAACGUUUAUGGUAAACAUGGUUGGCGCAGAUAGGAUGCCUCAGAGAUCCUACAGUUCCCGGUAUCCCUUCAGCUUGGACGCAGAGAUGAUCCCGGAAGACGAGUUCGAGCUGUGGCUUCAGCAGGCGCUGGCGUCAGGCGUCUUCGCUGACAGCCCCAAGCGCAGGAAAAGUUGGAGCCCAUUCAAACUGCCUCAAAAGGGAAUUAAAAGUUGGCGAAGAUCGUCAUGAGGGUGCAGCAGGCAUUACACAGCGAGGGGUGUAGGCGACUACAUCAUUGGAAAGAAGGCAAUGGUGCAGGGCUUCAUGAAUGUAAAUAAACUGACCAACAAUUUGCCCGGAUGGACAAGUGAUUUUUGUUCGAAGGGAAAUUUGGAUCCAUACCAUUAAAAGAUCACCACUUUGGAUCCAUACCAUUACUAUCUCACUUACAUGUGGGUCCACAUGAGUCAAUGACAUGUGGGGUCCAUGGUAUAUAUCUAAAGUUUGGAUCUUUUAAUGGUAUAGAUCCAAUUGUUCCUUGUUCGAAAGGAGAAAGAGGGUGGAGAAGAAACACUCAUGAAUAGGUAUAACACAUACCACUGCUGAACUUGGUUCCCUCUGCAGCAAUCCCACGAGUUUAGCCGUGAACCAGUGGUGCUAUCCCCCCUACGAUCAAAGUACCGGUGGAUCUGUGGUGUGUUAGUUUCAGUAGUUUAGGGAUCUGACAUGGAAGAACGCCAAGACAUCGUUCCUAAGACGGCUGAGAUAUGGAGCGGUGUUCAUUUUAAUCGUCAAUAAUAUUUCUGAGAAGCAUUGUCUUUGUGUAGAAGGGAAGGAAAGAAGGAUGAAAGUGAUAUUGGGGACUGGCUGUAAAGUGUAAAUACACUAAAAGCUCCCUCCUGUGGAAUUACUGCUUGUAACAUUGUAUACACUGACUGAUUAACCUAGUAAAAAACUUCCAUGUUUCAAA